CUGUAUGUCCGGUUUUCUCAGGUCUGAUGUAAAAGUGAUGAAAGUCUAACCAGAGAGAACUGGUAGCUUUUUGAAGAGUAGAAUUUCUUCUAAAAAACUCAAAUAUGCCCGGACCUGACAAGGAAACAGACCUUACGGAGCGAAUAGAGGCGUUUCUGGCCGAUUUGAAGCGUGGAGGUAGUGGAAUGGGACCUCUCCGUGGCUCAGGGGAAACUGCCCGAGAAACAACAGCCUUGCUUCGCAGAAUAACAGCACAGGCACGAUGGAGCAGUGCAGGCGAUCUGAUGGACAUUCUUCGCAAGGAGGGGAGGAGGAUGACAGCGGCCCAGCCAUCAGAGACCACAGUUGGCAACAUGGUCAGACGGGUGUUGAAAAUCAUCAGGGAAGAGUAUGCCAGGUCUCGAGGCAGCAGUGAGGAAGCUGACCAGCAAGAGUCACUUCACAAGCUGCUCACAUCAGGAGGGCUGAGUGAGGAGAACUUUAGGCAGCAGUUCCCCCCCCUGAAAUCUAACGUCAUUGAGGCCAUCAACGAACUGCUCACAGAGCUUGAGGGCACCACAGACAACAUUGCCAUGCAGGCCCUGGAGCACAUCCACUCCAACGAGGUCAUCAUGACCAUCGGCCGCUCUCGCACCGUGGAGGCCUUCCUCAAAGAUGCCGCGCGCAAACGCAAAUUCCAUGUCAUCGUGGCAGAGUGCGCCCCCUUCUGCCAGGGUCAUGAAAUGGCUACUAGUCUCUCAAAAGCUGGCAUUGAAACAACUGUCAUAGCAGAUGCAGCCAUAUUUGCUGUCAUUUCGCGUGUCAAUAAGGUCAUCAUUGGUACACAGACGGUUCUAGCUAACGGAGGGCUGAGAGCAGUUAAUGGAACCCACACGUUGGCGCUAGCUGCCAAGCACCACUCCACCCCCCUCAUCGUCUGUGCCCCCAUGUUCAAGCUCUCCCCACAGUUUCCAAAUGAAGAGGACACAUUCUACAAGUUUGUCUCCCCACAUGAAGUGCUUCCAUUCACGGAAGGUGAGAUCCUGUCCAAGGUGAACGUGCACUGUCCUGUAUUUGACUACGUUCCACCGGAGCUCAUCACACUGUUCAUCUCCAACAUUGGUGGCAACGCCCCCUCCUACAUCUACCGUCUCAUGAGUGAACUUUACCACCCUGAAGACCACGAACUGUAAUCAGUGUUUAUAAAUAACUAUAAUAAAAAAGGUUGAUGCAAACCUA